UGACUGUGUGCUUUUUCAUCGGUUGUGGAGGCACUAACACGUGCAUGUGUGAGAGGGUGUGUGUGUGUGUGUGUGGCUCCUCCUCCUGCUAUUCGCUGCUCCACUGAGGGCUGAGCAGCUCCUAGAGCGCAGCAGCCUGCACCGCUUCGACUUCGAUGACAGAGGGACGCGUUUUGGAGAAGCCGAUGAGCGCGUUUGAGGUGCUGGUUCCUGCUGGUGAAGAGAGGAGCAACUAGUCUGCUGCUACCAAAACGGAUAUCAAGAUGAGAUCCCUGAUAUAUUUGCUGGUUCUCGGUUGUGUGCUGGCACCUACGCUCGGAGGUGGCAAUUCUGAUGAGCCAUGUGCAGGCCGGGACUGCAGCAGAGGGUGUAAGUGCAUCCCAGAGAAAGGCAGCAGGGGUCGUCCUGGGCCUCUCGGCGAAGUUGGACAGCCUGGACCAGAUGGGCCACGUGGAGGCAUUGGGCCUCGGGGGCCAAAGGGAGAGAAGGGCCACGUUGGGAUAAAAGGGCCAUCUGGGGCCAAAGGAGACAAAGGACCAAUGGGAGUGCCUGGAUUUCGAGGAAAUGAUGGAGUGCCUGGUCACCCUGGUCAGCAGGGCAGCAGAGGACUACCAGGGAACGACGGUUGUAAUGGAACCAGAGGAGAUCCCGGCCCGCCCGGCUAUGGCAGUGGGCUUCCCGGGCUCCCUGGAUUUCAAGGACCAACUGGGCCAAAGGGUCAGAAAGGAGACCCCGUAUAUAUCUCAGAUGACGGCUCUACGGGUGUACCAGGUCCACCUGGACCCAGGGGGCCCCCUGGUUUUAGAGGUCGUGAUGGUCCACCUGGUUUCCCAGGUCCAAGAGGACCUAACGGUUAUCCUGGACCCCCUGGUCCUCCUGGCCCCCAAGGGCCCAUGGGAAGCCGUGGUGACAUUUAUAAAGGAGGGAAAGGAGAAAAGGGCGACGUGGGUCUUCCCGGACCCAGUGGUUCUCCCGGUGACGGCUCGCUAAGCGCUGAAAAAGUUGUCACUAUCUACAAAGGAAAUAAGGGUGAUCCAGGACCAAAGGGACGGAAAGGAGACCCUGGAAGGUUUGGACCUCCUGGACCUUUUGGUUAUCCAGGUGAAUAUGGGGAAAAGGGCAUUCCUGGAUACCCAGGACCAAGAGGUCCUUCGGGUUUUACUGGACCUCCUGGUGCUCCUGGACAAGACGGAUUACCGGGAGAUCCAGGUGUCCCAGGACAAAACGGAUUCCCAGGAACUAAGGGAGAAAGAGGUGAAGUCGGACUCCCGGGACCUGCAAUUUUCAACAAUGGUUUUGGACCUUAUGUUCAAGGAUCUCCGGGUGAUCCGGGUUUUCCCGGUCGCCCAGGUGUCCCAGGCGACCAGGGGUUUCAAGGAUCGGUUGGACCUCCAGGUCCUCCAGGCCCUUUUCGCAUUGGUCCUCCAGGAUCUCCUGGUUUUCCUGGUAACGAAGGCCAAAAAGGAGAAAAGGGGGACCCAGGCGUGCCUAAAUAUGGACCUGAGGGUUUCCAAGGUCUCCCUGGACGUCCUGGACGCCCUGGACCUCCUGGUCCUCCUGGACAAAUCAACCCAGGCCCAAACCCGGAUCCCUGCGACAUACGUCCUCCAGUCCCAACCGCAGUUCCCUCCCCCAGACCCCAAGGUCCCCCUGGAAUACCAGGACCACCUGGCCUAAUAGGAUUCCCGGGACUCAAGGGAUCUAAAGGCUUCAGAGGUGAUCCUGGUAAUUGUGAAUGUCAAGGAGAGGACAGAGGUCGACCUGGGUUACCUGGACCUCAAGGACCCGUUGGGAGCCCUGGCUUUCCAGGACGUAAAGGUGCGCCUGGUGACCCGGGCUCUCCCGGUUUCAACGGACGUGAAGGACCUACUGGUCGUCCAGGUGAAAGGGGAUUUUUUGGGCGUAAAGGAGAGAAAGGAGAGCCAUACUACGGUGGUUUUGGUGUAAAGGGAGAACAAGGCUCUCCUGGACUUAGAGGACCUACAGGUGAAACAGGAAAACCUGGCAGAGAUGGACAACCUGGCUUCCCUGGACCCCCAGGACCCCCAGGGGAUGGUGGUUACGGCACAAUAGGAGAGAAAGGUUUCCCUGGCUUUGCUGGACCCAAAGGCCGCCCUGGUGCCCCUGGGGAUCCUGGCCCUGGCUACAAUGGAGCACCUGGCAUCCGAGGCGAACCUGGAGAGCCGGGCAUACCAGGGUUUCCAGGACUUCCAGGUUUACCUGGUGAAAAAGGUGAAAACAGCUGUGGAGGGGUUAAUGACGCCGGAGAGGGAACGGGCACUAGCAUACCUUGUACCAUAUAUGGUGAAGAGGGAGACCCUGGUCCUGCUGGUUUUCCUGGACAACCAGGCCCCAAAGGUGGGCCAGGUUUCCCAGGCAGCCCUGGACGUCCAGGGUUUGAUGGUCCAAAGGGAGAGAUCGGAGACCCCGGCUUUGGAGGACGACCAGGACCACAAGGUUUUCCCGGACCUAGAGGAGAUCCUGGAGUUCCAGGUACUCCAGGAGCACGUGUUGAUGGUACCAGGGGUAGAGAUGGCAUUCCAGGACGUCCUGGACCCAAAGGCCCACCUGGAGAAGUUCUGGGAGCCAGACCUGGAAAUCCAGGACAGGAUGGUGCACCUGGGAUACCCGGAGACAAGGGUCUGCCUGGGAGUCCAGGGGUACCCGGACUACCCGGUUUUGAUGGGAGACCUGGUGUACCUGGCUUGAAGGGAGAGCGUGGAGUUGAUGGCGGACCGGGUUAUCCGGGUCCUCCUGGACCUCCAGGAAACCAGACCUAUUUCAUUCCUGGUCCACCUGGACCUGUGGGCAGGACAGGACAAAUGGGUCCUCCAGGCUGCCCAGGUUACCGUGGUCAAAAGGGGAUAAGAGGAGAACCAGGAUUCCAGGGGCCUGCUGGAAUGAAAGGAACCCCAGGACCUUCUGGCACUCCUGGAUUACAAGGGCCAAGAGGACCCCCCGGACCACCAGGACCCGGAACCAUCGACGGACUCCCAGGAAUACCAGGAAGAAAGGGUGAAAGAGGCUCAGCUGGACCAACUGGUUUCCCUGGACUACCAGGUCGUUUUGGAAAUCCUGGAUUUCCUGGUGGGAAAGGAUUUCCAGGUGACCCUGGGAGAGAUGGAUUCCCUGGUAAUCCUGGUCUGAUUGGAAUGAGAGGUGACCGAGGAGACACUGGCGACCCUGGUCUUCCAGGUCCUACUCCUAUUUUGAGAAAAGGUCCUAGAGGUGACCCCGGACAGCCCGGCUCUCAGGGCUUCACUGGUGCCAGAGGUGAAAAGGGUCUUCCUGGUCUGCCUGGUCGUCAAGGCUCACCUGGUCGCCCUGGCUUCCCUGUGGAUAGCAAAGGCCAACCCGGACAGCCAGGGUUCCCUGGGCAGCCCGGCACACCUGGCUUCCCUGGACCAAAGGGAGAAGGGGGAGUAAUGGGAUUCCCCGGCAUACCUGGACAGAGAGGUGAUGAUGGCCCGCCUGGAUUUCCUGGGAAUCCUGGAGAAUUCGGUCGAGCCGGACCUAAAGGUCUACCCGGAGAAACAUUUGGCUAUCCUGGAGCACCAGGACUGAAAGGCCAGCCAGGAGAUCCAGGUUUCCCAGGCUCUCGAGGAAAUGAUGGUGUCCCCGGUGACAGGGGCUUUCCAGGAAGCAGAGGGUUCGAUGGACUAAAGGGUCUUCCUGGUGACACAGGACGGCCUGGAACAACAGGCCCACCUGGUUUUCCUGGAUUAAAGGGUCUUGAUGGACUUCCUGGAAGGAGAGGGAUAGACGGGCCCCCGGGUCUACCUGGAGUUCCUGGUACUAUCGGUCUUCAAGGUUUACCUGGAGCUCCUGGGCUGGAUGGACUUAAUGGCCUUGCUGGUCCAAAGGGCCUCCCUGGAAACCCAGGUACGGUUAUAGGGGGUGGACCUGGCAGGCCCGGUGAUAGAGGAUUGAAAGGAGAGAGAGGUGUUUCCUUCCCUGGACAACCAGGUCUUCCUGGACAAAAGGGACAGAGAGGAGAUACAGGGCCCUUUGGGCUGCCAGGGUUCCCUGGACGACCUGGACUUCCUGGUAGGGAUGCAGUGCCAAAUGUUCCUGGGCCUGUGGGAGACCCCGGACUUCCUGGAUUGGAUGGAGAAUAUGGUUUCCAAGGUCCACCUGGUCCUCCUGGACCUCCGGGUCCAGGCACCACUCAGGGAGACACAGGGGACUCAGGACUCCCAGGUUUCCCAGGACCUCCUGGCAGAAAGGGAGAGCCAGGGUAUCCUGGAGGUCCUGGAUUCCCUGGUAGCCCUGGUCCAAAAGGAGUUCAAGGUGAAACAGGACGGAACGGGGGUCCAGGUCAGAAAGGUAACCGCGGCGAAGCUGGUUUCUUUGGAACCAAAGGGCGUCCAGGAUCACCCGGGCGACCUGGACGUAAAGGUGCUCCUGGGACCUUGUUGCCAAUUGAUCCUGUAGACAGACCAAUUCCUGGAGACCCUGGAUACCCAGGAGACAUUGGAGGACCUGGAUUUACUGGAGAGCAGGGGCGGGAUGGUGCCCCUGGACGUCCAGGUCCAAAGGGUCGUCCCGGCCCCCAGGGCAACCUCGGCAGGACUGGAUCACCCGGCUUUCUUGGGCCAAUCGGGGAUCCAGGCUCCCCUGGUUUCCCAGGACUCAAUGGAGAUCAAGGUCGCCCUGGCGCCGUUGGUCUUCCCGGUAUCCCUGGUGGCAUCGGCCGUAGUGUCAGCCUUGGCUACACUCUGGUAAAACACAGCCAGUCCUCCGAGGUUCCCAUGUGUCCCCAAGGCAUGGACAGACUCUGGGAAGGGUACAGCCUGCUGUAUGUAGAGGGCCAGGAGAAGGCACACAACCAAGACCUCGGUCAGCCGGGUUCAUGCCUCCCCAGAUUCAGCACCAUCCCCUUCCUCUACUGUAACCCAUUUGAAACCUGCUACUUUGCCAGCCGCAAUGACAAAUCCUACUGGCUCUCUACUUCCGCGCCCAUUCCCAUGAUGCCUGUGGCAGAGCAGCAGAUUCAGCCAUACAUCAGCAGGUGUGCAGUGUGCGAGGCUCCAUCUCAGGCAGUGGCAGUCCACAGCCAGGAUCAGAGCAUCCCUACCUGUCCCCGCGGCUGGAGGAGUCUUUGGAUCGGAUACUCCUUCCUCAUGCACACAGCGGCGGGAGGUGAGGGCGGCGGCCAGUCCCUGAUGUCUCCCGGAUCCUGCCUGGAAGACUUCCGAGCGACCCCGUUCAUCGAGUGCAACGGAGCCAAGGGCACCUGCCACUACUUCGCCAACAAAUACAGCUUCUGGUUGAUCACAGUCGACCCCCAGAGGGAGUUUGGCUCGCCGCCGCAGCAGGAGGCCCUAAAGGGCGGCCAGGAACGCCUCAGGGUCAGCCGCUGCCAGGUGUGCAGCAAGAUCUUGUAGCUAUUCAAUAGAGUGGAGGGGAAGCGUCAGGAGCAGCACUUGAUGGAGAAUAUGAGCGUGUGACUGACUGAAAAGAAGAACCUGGCCUUUCUUUGACGCUGAUAACUUCAGAUUAACCUCUUUAUGAGGCGCAGGCUUAUCAAUGAAAAAAAAUUGUGGAAGGAGGAUGUGAAUAGAGAAGAGCUCCAGAGGGAAUCGCUCCUUUUUGGAUUAACACUGACUAUGGUGCUAUUGUUAAUGUCUGUGUUUUUAGUAUAUGACAGAUUCCGCCUCAUUGUAUUUGGUUAGAAUCCUUCUCUGCUACCUCGGAGGGAGCCAUGUCUUUCUGAUUUAACGUCACUUUGAUUUAAUGUGUAGUCAUGAAUAGUUUACACUUUCUAUUAAACUGUACCAGUUAGCCACACAGAUCCUACUUUCAGCUGCUGUUUGUAGUAAAAGGAAUACAUUUGACCAAAGUUUCCUCCUAGUUUGUGUCCAAUUCAUGGCUUCCAGAAAGACAUGACCCAUUUUUGCAUCAACCGUUAAAAAUGUUUGCUGCUCAUUAAAAUACUAACAAUAAGAGAUAUUUAUACAAUCACAUU